AUGGCAAACACGAGCACUGUCAAGGUAGGGGCGAAGGUUCCAGUGGGUGUAGAAGGAGAAGGAGGGCCUGAAUCUCACACUCCACCUUGGCCUGAGUGGAAUGAUGCCUUCAUCAAAACUGUGUCUUGGGCUGGAACCAAACCUCCUAAAAAGUCCUUCAAUGGAUCAUAUUCAACUACCAGCCGUCGAUCCCGACUUCGCAGCUUGGCAGAGAGUGAUCAGAUUGAGAGAGAAAUGCUGUAUGAAGACCCGGCAGGACUAGUGGAAAUGCCGGAGGAUAUACCUGUGGCAUCCUGGAUACGUCCACAUCACACAUCAAUGUCCCCAUCUUAUAGUUUUGUCCUGGAACCUGAUGUUUUGCCUCUUGACCUCCUCACACACAACAAGCACCUCAUGGAGUACAAGAUAAUGCGGGUGAUAAUGGGAAGCGUGGCUUGUGUGGAAAGAGAGGCAUUCCACCGACCAUUUCCUGUGGAGUUCCAAUCGUCGCAGUUCGUGGCUCCUGAGGGUUCCCUUUGGAAACCUUGGCACCACGUGUACUGCCUCGGUCCCCAGAUCCACAACAUUCAGUACAAUAAGAGUGGCAAGUACCUAGUCCGCCUCUUUUACCUGGGCAAAUGGCGACGGCUGAUUGUUGAUGAUCUGCUACCGUUUGACAGUGAAGAUCGGUUGUUACUGCCUACCACUCGACCUGACAACCUCUGGCUGCCAAUCCUCAGUAAAGCUUUGCUACGUAUUGCUGCUCUUAGCAAAGGUGCAGACUUCAGUGUUGUACACUGCCUCACUGCUUGGCUACCAUCCAGUCUCCUCUGCAAGGGCUGCAGUCAGUACCAGCUGUGGUGUGUUUGCUGUCAGCUGAUGGCCACUACAGACGACAUCACCCACUCACUGGGCUGUUGCUACAGUCAACAGUCUAUCAACUGUCCCCCGGAUGCCUCAAUGGAGAACUUGGAUGCUGUCAACUCGCGUGUCAUCUUUGGGAUGAUUCUUAACCCCACAAGAACAGUGAGUCCAGCUAUGAGUAUUUCCAGUGUAGAGAGCAUGGUACUGGUGAGCAAUGUGCGAUACAACAGCGAGCGUCCAAGCCCUCAGUGGAAGGAAUAUCGGUGGAAGGAAUGGGCUUUCAACAACGGAUUAAUCUCAGAUAUUACAUCAAUGCCAUUCAGAAAUGUGCAAGUUUACAACCCACUAAGACUUUCUGAAUUACCUUCACCAGCUGAAGAUGACAAACCAGAUGAGAUAAGAGAAGAAUAUUGGUUGGACUUUGAGAUGUUCAUUUCUGUUACAAGAGUUCUAGAAGUGUAUUAUAAACCAUCAUACUUUAAGUACAGCUUAAGGGCUUGGUCCCUUUCUGAACUAACUCAGAAGACCCAUUGUGCUGAAGACGUUUUGAGGAAAGUCAGAAACACUUUAAAGGGAAUGGGUGGAAAAGGAGAUGCAAAGGGAAAAUCCAAGAGCAAAAGUCCUAAAGCAGAUAAAUCCGAGAAGUCAGCUGCAGUAGUCACUCCAAAAAGUCCAGAAACUGAGAAAACCAAAGGUGCCAAAGGAAAAGGAGCAAAGGAUAAACGUAUUUCCUUUGUUGAAUGGCCUCUGAAUUUGAAUACUCCUUCUUUUUUCUACUUAUUGGUGGACUCUAUGUUCUGCAAACAAAUUUACAUAUGCUUGAGUGCCUUCAACCCGGAUGGACCCACAUAUGCCCACAUAUAUACAGGGAAGUUUGAGUGGUACAGUCCAACAGUGGCACCACUUGUGUUCAUGCUGACCACUUCGGCUACUGCGGGUUACACACUCGCACUCUCUCCUGGACUGCAUGUGUUCAGAGUUUGGUAUCAGUUCCCAGUGCACUUCUGUUUACAAAUAUUCUCCAACACUAUGUUCACACUGGGAUCAAAAAUGUACAUUCAACAAAUGCUCAGUCCCUAUUCUGAAUCCUUUCAAUUUUAUGGAGAAAAGAUCAGUUCCGCAUUCGAACAAUUGUUGAGAGCUGUCGAGGGAGGAGCUGAACACGGAAGUGCUUACAGUCAACUCAUGGCAUGUUUACAUCCUCCUCAACUGAGAGAACAGCUGGUCUGGCCGCAGUGGUUGAUGGCACACACUGAGUUGUUGCAGGCAUUUGAAGAGAGCCUGACAGAAAUGCUUGCUGAAUGGACACAAUUUCCUGGUGAGAUGUACCAAGUUUUGGUGACAUUUCAGAUGCUGUUUUUGAAUCCUGUGUUUGGAGAGCAAACUCUAUUGAAAGUGAGGUGCGAAUAUUACGACUAUGUCCAGCAGCGCCGAUGGUCCAAACGACAGAAAGAAAUCCUCCUGGAAGAAGAACUGAAGGAAAGGCUGGCACAAGCUGGUGACACAAAGGGCAAAAAGUCUCCUAAAUCUGACAAGACGGGGAAACCUACGAAAGAAAGUCUUAAAAAAGGAUCUGUGAAAUCUGCUAAAACAGGGAAAACUGGAAAACAAAAGGAGGCCAAGGGUAAGACGAAGGCAGUCAGUAAGAGGGAGCAGUUGAGAACACUGCUUCAAUGCAAAGAGAAAAGCUUGUUUCUCGGUGACCACAACCUAGCCAUCAUCAUACUCAAGAAGAUGAUGACCAAAGUGCCACACUUGAAGAGAUUGUACCCAUUCAGGUUUGAGGAUGACUUCAGGCUUGUCUUUCAGGAUUAUGUCGGAGAAGUUGAAGUGUCGGACAAGUGGGUGGUCUUAGUACGAUGCGUCAUGAAUCUGCAUUCAGCUGAGAAAGUGCCUUGCAGUCUUCACAUCUGGUGUCCUCUGCAGAAAAUGUUGUUGCGGUUAAUAGACAAUGACACCGAACAAGAUGUCCCGCUCGGCUUCGUAGAGAACAGUGUGACACAUCUCACUAAAAAUAUUGGAGGCUACACUUUGUGUGUAUACGGGAUAACAGAUUUGCCAGUUGUGCCCUGGCGAUUGCGAAGUAUCGGAGUAUCAGAGAUCGACUCGCUGCACAUGUGUGUAGGCCAGGAAUGCCAUGACACACACAUCCAGCCUCCACAGCAGUUCCAGCAGAGUUUGCACGGAUUCUACGUCCCCAACAAGGAUAUGCUUAUCACUAGGUGCCUGCUGGAAGCUUAUGCUGACGUGACUGUGAUGUUGCGGUUAAGCCUUUCCAGUGACUCAGUGGUUUGCAGCUUCACAAUCCUGGAUGAGCUUGGCAACUCUGUCCUGAACACUAGUGGUGUAGGACAUAUAAUCAUUCCUGUGCUCAAACUAAAAGGUAAAGAAAGGUCGAGAAGAAGUGAAGUGCAGGAGGAAAGAACCAGCAGCACCAGACCUCGUGUCUACACUCUGGAAGUGAGACUGCUUCACAACUCUUGGCCUCUCAGUCUGGACCAGAGGAAAGCUAUGUUGUACUACAAGGAGCAUCUCCCUGACAUAAUACUAAAUUCCCAGGAUGGUAGUAUUGAAGAAGAAGAUUCACUUAUUGAAAGCGAAAGUCUUGUUGACGAGUUAGAUUUAGAAUUCUUCAGAGAAGUCAAUAAACCAUCAUGGAGUUUAACUCUAGUCGCUGAUGAACAAAAGGUGAUGCCAGUGAGGCUUCGAGAGGAUAUGACUCUCUUUGACCAGCUUCGUGAGCUCCAGUCCAAGUGGAAAGAGGAAGGCAAAGACGCUGAACUGUGCCAACAACUUAGGCAGGACUUUCUCACUCAGAUUGCAGGUGCUGAAGAAGACAUGUCAGAGGAAGCUAUGUUUCACCUGAAACCUAAUAAGACAGAAGAGCUAACACAGCUACUAGGACGAUGCUCUAGCAUCCGCUCACUCGCCAGAAGUGUUCCCAGCGAUUUGAGACACUUCCAUGACUUCCUCAAGUUCUCAAGACAGUCAGAGGAUAAAAUGAGCAGGAUUUCUUUGUCCAGUCAAAUCUCCAUCUCCUUACAUCCUUUAACUCCUAAACCCUCUCUGCCUCUAGAGUCAUCAUCGGUGGUAUCAGGAGAGCAGAAAUUGGAAGAUUCCAUCAAGGAGGAAUCACUGAAGAUAGACCACAGAGACAUGUUGGUACAGCAAGCUGGGAUAAAUAAGGCUCUGGCUGACUUGAGAGCAAAGAAUUUGGAACGUUUACAAGACGUUUUCGAGCAAACGGCUCUUCUGAGAACACAACUGAUCAGCGAGAUUAAAGCUGCAAAGGAGGCUGACUUAAAAAAACAAAAAGAAGAGAAAGCAAAAAGUAAAAAAUCUCAAGAUAAGUCACCUGAUAAGAAGACAAAAGGACAGGAUUUGGAUAAAUCUAAGUCUAAAAAGAGUAAAGGAAAAUAGCCAAGUAAAUAUAAGCUUAUUUUCUUUAUAACGUUUAUAAAGAUGUUUUGUUCAUAACGAUUUUAUGUAUAUGAUUUAUAUGAUUUACUCUGUUUUGUUGUAUUUGUUUUCGUUAUUAUAAAAUUGUUGAU